GUGAAGGAGACGCUGUGCGAACUCGGGCCGUUAUUCGUGAAACUCGGGCAAAAUCUGGCGAACAGACCUGAUUUGGUGAACGAGGAUCUGAUGGAAGAGCUGACGAAGCUUCAGGAUCGCGUGCCGCCGUUCAAUUCAAAGCUGGCGUUUAAGAUAAUCGAGGAAGAAACGGGCCGGCUCAUCGAGGAGACUUUCAGCGAAAUCUCCGAAGAACCCAUCGCGGCGGCGUCGAUCGGGCAAGUUUACAGAGGUAAACUGAAAACAGAUGGCACCGACGUCGCGAUAAAAGUCUUACGACCGAACACGCGCGCGCAGUGCGUGAUGGAUUUGUUUCUUUUGCGCGCGGCGGCGCUGAAAUUUUUUGACAAGUAUGCGCGAGCCAAUCUCGGGUGCUCGGCGUCGCUCUUAGUCGACGAAUUCGCGGAGAAGUUGUUGGAGGAGUUGGACUUUGUGCAAGAGGCGAGAAACUUGCGAGACUUCGCGUUCAACUUUCGAAACGACGAGAGCGUGCACAUUCCGCCCGUCGUCGCCGAAUUGAGCGGUCCGCGAGUGCUCGUGAUGCACUGGCAACCCGGCGUGCGAUGCACGCGCGAAGACGCCUUCGCCGACGACGCCGCGCGCGCACGAUUCCUGGUCAACGGUGUCGAGGCUGGCUUGAAGCAAUUGCUAGAGUUUGGCUUGUUUCAUGGAGAUCCGCAUCCCGGAAAUGUUUUGGCGUUGCGUGACGGCGACAUCGCGUACGUGGACUUUGGUAACGUCGCGGAAAUUUCGCGGGCGAACCAAGAAAGCUUGAUUGACGCUGUCGUGCACACGAUGAACCGUGAUUACGAGGCGUUGGCCGAAACGUUGGCGGAUUUGGGCUUUUUGCAAGCCGGCGCGGACAUCGGCCCCGUCGCCGAAGGCUUGGCCGACGUGUGGGGAGACGAAGCGCUGCAAUCGCUGGCGAGCACGGAAAAGUUUUCGUUCCGAGGUCUCACUCGAGAGUUCAACAAGCUCUUGUACGAUUACCCCAUCCGCGUUCCCGAGCGUUUCUCCCUCGUCAUUCGCUCGCUGCUCACGCAGGAGAACAUUUGCUUGACGCUCAACCCAGACUUCAACUUACUCGACGCCGCGUUUCCGUACGUCGCACGUCGGCUGCUCACCGACCCCGACCCCGCGCUUCGACUUCGUUUGCUCAAAGUCGUCGUCGUCAAGGAGCGAUUCGAAUGGGAACGCCUGCGCAAUUUGAUGGACAUGGCU